AUGACAAGGUAUAAAGCUCCUGUGCUCAGCACCCACCACAAGUCAGCUGCCGUGGGGUGCUGUGUCUUUGUUAUGGAGUCUUCCCAUGGAGGCCUUCAUGGGACCCUGCCCAGCCCUGCCCACUCAGCCCUGGGGACGCCGCGGGAUCCCGCGGGGGUCUCAGCCCCGGGGAAACCGUGGGAUCCACGGAGGUCUCAGCCCCUGGGGAAACCGCAGGAUUCUCAGCCCUGGGGACGCCGCGGGAUCCCGCGGAGGUCUCAGCCCCUGGGGAAACCGCAGGAUUCUCAGCCCUGGGGACACCGCUGGAUCCCGCGGAGGUCUCAGCCCCUGGGAAACCGUGGGAUCCUGCAGAGGUCUCAGCCCCUGGAGAAACUGCAGGAUUCUCAGCCCUGGGGAAACCGUGGGAUCCUGCAGAGGUCUCAGCCCCUGGAGAAACUGCAGGAUUCUCAGCCCUGGGGAAACCGUGGGAUCCUGCAGAGGUCUCAGCCCCUGGAGAAACUGCAGGAUUCUCAGCCCUGGGGAAACCGUGGGAUCCUGCAGAGGUCUCAGCCCCGGGAAAACCGCAGGAUCCCGCAGAGGUCUCAACCCCCAGGAAACCGCGGGAUCCCACGGAGGUCUCAGCCCCUGGGGAAACCGCAGGAUUCUCAGCCCUGGGGACACCGCUGGAUCCCGCAGGGGUCUCAGCCCCAGGGAGAAACCGUGGGAUCCACGGAGGUCUCAGCCCUGGGGACACCGCAGGAUCCCGCGGAGGUCUCAGUCCCGGGAAAACUGCAAAUUCCCGCGGCGGUCUCAGUCCCGGGAAAACGGCAGGAUCCCGCCGAGGUCUCAGCCCCGGGAAAACCACAGGAUUCUCAGCCCUGGGGACGCCUCGGAGGUCUCAGCCCCCGGGAAACUGUGGGAUCCCGUGGAGAUCCAAGGUCCACGGUGAAAACACAGAGCACUGAGAAGCAUUCGCCAAUGAACAGCAGACUUGGUAGAGACAGAAUUCGCUUUCCCACUGUGGAGACGCACAAAGCACCGGCACCUCUGACCUCCGCACGGAGCUCGGCCGACACAGAGCUGGCUGCGGGAUGCCGGAGCCGCCUGCGGCUCACCCGCCUGCCCGCCGGGGCCGCCCAGGAAGGCUUCCAGCCUUCGGCAUUGAGCGCCAUCUUGAGCUGUGGAGGUGCACGUGGUCUCUCUAGUGGCCCCGGGGGCGAUGGAGCAGACGGUCAAGCGGAGCCCAGCUGGCCCCGCGAGCCAGGGCGGCCCGGCCCUGAGCACGGCUUCUCCUGCUCCGGGAAGGCUCCUGCCACACCCCCUCCAGGCUUCUUGUCCACCUCCAAGCAAGACACGGCUGCGAGUUGUGAAGCCAGACCAGGGCAUGGGCCACGGGCGAUCGCCGUGCACCUGCAGCACUGA